CCGUCGGUGCUGGAGGAGGAGGUGGCCGCGGCGCCCGCGUCAUGAGCGAGGUGGACGGGUUGCGGCAGCGUCGGCCUCUACGGCCUCAGGUCGUCACGGACGAUGGCCCGGCCUCGGAGGCCGAGGGCGGCGGCACUUUUAGUGGCAGAGUCUUCCGAGUGACCCUGUUGAUGCUCGCUGUUUCCCUCGCUCUGCCCCUGCUCGGCGCCAUGGUGCUGCUGGAGUCUCCCAUAGACCCACAGCCUCUCAGUUUCAAAGAACCUCCUUUCUUGCUUGGUGUUCUGCAUCCAAAUACAAAGUUGCAACAGGCCAAAAGGCUAUAUGAAAAUCAACUUAUUGGGCCAGAGUCCAUAGCACAUAUUGGGGAUGCCAUGUUUACUGGUACAGCAGAUGGCCGGAUCGUGAAACUUGAAAAUGGCGAGGUAGAGACGAUUGCCCAAUUUGGCACCGGCCCGUGCAGAACCCGAGAUGACGAGCCUGCCUGUGGAAGACCUCUGGGCAUCCGGGCGGGGCCCAAUGGGACCCUUUUUGUGGCUGAUGCCUAUAAGGGACUAUUUGAAGUAAAUCCCUGGAAACGUGAAGUGAAAGUGCUGUUGUCUUCUGAGACACCAAUUGAAGGAAAGAAAAUGUCCUUUGUAAAUGAUCUUACGAUAACUCGAGAUGGGAGGAAAAUUUAUUUUACAGAUUCUAGCAGCAAAUGGCAAAGACGGGAUUAUCUGCUUUUGAUUAUGGAGGGAACGGACGAUGGACGCCUGCUAGAGUAUGACACUGUGACCAAGGAAGUGAAAGUCUUAAUGGAGCAGUUGCAGUUCCCUAAUGGAGUCCAGCUUUCUCCAGCAGAGGACUUUGUCCUGGUGGCAGAAACAACCAUGGCAAGGAUUAGAAGGUUCUACGUGUCUGGUCUGAUGAAGGGAGGGGCAGAUAUGUUCGUGGAGAACAUGCCUGGAUUUCCAGACAACAUCCGGCCCAGCAGCUCCGGCGGAUACUGGGUCAGCAUGGCGGCGAUCCGCUCUAACCCAGGGUUUUCCAUGUUGGAUUUUUUAUCCGAGAGACCCUGGAUUAAAAAAAUAAUUUUUAAGCUCUUGAGUCAAGAGACCGUGAUGAAGUUCGUGCCACGGUACAGCCUCGUCCUAGAGCUCAGCAACAGUGGGGCCUUCCAAAGAAGCCUGCACGACCCCAAUGGCCUGGUGGCCACAUAUGUCAGUGAGGCACAUGAGCAUGACGGGCAUCUGUACCUGGGCUCCUUCAGGUCCCCUUUCCUCUGUCAGCUCAGCCUCGAGUCUGUGUGACCCACUUAGAGCUGCCACAAGGCCGUGCCAGGCAGCAUCCUGCUGGGCCCUCACACCGGGGCUGUAGUGCUGGGAAGGGGCCCUGGGCCCAGGAGGAGCAGUGGGCACAUCUCUGACCUGUGCACCCAUCAGCUCUCAUAUGUGUGCGGGGACUGCUGUUAUGCCUCAUCAGCUCUCAUAUGUGUGCGGGGACUGCUGCUAUGCCUCAUCAGCUCUCGUAUGUGUGCGGGGACUGCUGCAAUGCCUCAUCAGCUCUCGUAUGUGUGCGGGGACUGCUGCUAUGCCUCAUCAGCUCUCAUAUGUGUGCGGGGACUGCUGCUACACCUCAUCAGCUCUCAUAUGUGUGCGGGGACUGCUGCUACGCCUCAUCAGCUCUCGUAUGUGUGCGGGGACUGCUGCUACACCUCAUGAGGUGUGAACCCCCGAGCACCACCCUCACCUGGCUUGACUUUGUAUUUAUCUGCCAUGAGGAAGAUAAAUCCAUGUAAAGCCAUUUUCUCUUUAGAUAAAAAUGCUUUCUCUGUCUGACAAUUCUCUAGGAGUUGGGAACUUCAUGUACUUUAACCAGGGCUCAGGGCUUGGUGGAUAGAGCAGUAGAUGAGCUGCUCAGAGCUCUUGUUUUGGCUGCUGGCUCUGUCCUGCCAGCCUCCAUGUCUUCACUGUAAACUGGGCAAUGCCUUUGCUUGGGGGAGGGGAGCACAGAGCUGACGUGCAUUGAGCUCAGUGGCAGUAGCUGUGCAGAGGAACUUAGAACUGUGUCCUCGAGAGUUGUGCUGUUGGUCCCCAGGCCCCCUUCCACAUGGAGGAGGGUGGUGUUCGCACCUCCCAGCCUGUUCCAGCCAUGGAGGAGGGUGGUGUUCGCACCUCCCAGCCUGUUGUCCAGCUCAGCCCCCACCAUCCUAGAGGGUUUCAGGGAUCUGCAAGUCAGUGCCUUUGAAACGUGUGUUUACUCCACCAGCUCAGCGAGGGCUUUACGAGUGUCUGUAAACUCACUACUGCACUGGGAAUUGUUGGAUGCAGUGAUUUCGUACUGCAGGGGUAGAUUUAGGAGAGGCCUGCUUCUACACCUUUGUUCUUUGUUCACCCUAGACCUGCAGACAUGAGUAGGGCACGGUACGUUGGAGUGUUAAACCUAAAAAAACCUAGUGCCGUCGAGUCGAGUGUUAGAGGCCCGAAAUUGUUGAAUAUCUUAACAGUUAUGUUUACCCACUGGUCAUAAAUUUAUUAGAGAGUCGCAUGUAGUGAUGAUCAUAUUAAAUCUACUUUUCUGCCGCUUAACCUUUUUUGAUGGUGUUGUCUGGGACUGUCUUCUUUAGUUUAAUAUUUUAGCAGUGACUAGAAAUUCCCUUCUUUAAGUGUUGAUAUGAGGGUUGUUUUGGUUAGGAUUUUGUCUCAGCGACAAGUGUCCGUUCGAUUUGCUCAGGAAGACAGCCCACAGGACACGUGUAUACACAGCAGCCGUCUCCGGGAGAGCAGGCCAGCCUCCGGCUGUGCAUCUGUCAGUGUUGAGUCGUUCUUGGGCAAGUUAAUAGUAAUUUCUCUCAUGUUUUCCAGCCUUCAAAAUGGGGCUAAUACCUGUUCUUUUCAUCCCUGCGUGUUUAUGAACUAAUGUACCAGAGAUUUUAUCUCUGGAAGUAUUUUAACAACUUGACAAACACCGUGUUUUAAAUAGGCAGCCAUGUUAAAAUCAAAGGUGAGUGGCAGCUGUGGUACAACCUGAACCUUCUGUGUCUUGUUGCACUGGCUGGUGUUCUACCCCCUGAUCCCUCUCCCAGUCCUGUCCCCACCCUGUGCGGGUCAGGCCCCGUCUGGGGGAAGCGGGUGCCAGGAGCCUGACUGUGGCUUAGUCUUGUUGCACUGGCUGGUGUCCUACCCCCUGAUCCCUCUCCCAGUCCUGCUCCCACCCUGCGCUGGUCAGGCCCCAUCUGAGGGGAAGCGGGUGCCACGAGCCUGACUGUGGCUUAGUCUUGUUGCACUGGCUGGUGUCCUACCCCCUGAUCCCUCUCCCAGUCCUGCUCCCACCCUGCGCUGGUCAGGCCCCAUCUGAGGGGAAGCGGGUGCCAGGAGCCUGAUGGUGGCUUAGUCUUGUUGUACUGGCUGGUGUUCUACCCCCUGAUCCCUCUCCCAGUCCUGCCCCCACCCUGUGUGGGUCAGGCCCCGUCUGAGGGGAAGCGGGUGCCAGGAGCCUGACGGUGGCUUAGUCUUGUUGCACUGGCCGGUGUUCUACCCUCUGAUCCCUCUCCCAGUCCUGCCCCCACCCUGCGCUGGUCAGGUCCCAUCUGAGGGGAAGCGGGUGCCAGGAGCCUGACGGUGACUUGGUCUUGUUGCACUGGCCGGUGUUCUACCCCCUGAUCCCUCUCCCAGUCCUGCCCCCACCCUGCACUGGUCAGGCCUCGUCUGAGGGGAAGCGGGUGCCAGGAGCCUGACGGUGGCUUAGUCUUGUUGCACGGCUGGUGUCCUACCCCCGAUCCCUCUCCCAGUCCUGCCCCCACCCUGCGCUGGUCAGGUCCCAUCUGAGGGGAAGCGGGUGCCAGGAGCCUGACGGUGGCUUAGUCUUGUUGCACUGGGCUGCACAGGGGUGGUGCUGUGUGGACAGCAUCAGUAGAAUGGAUUCAAAGAAGGGCUUCAACCUGGUUGAUGCAACCAGGUCCCCUGAACAACUGUGAAUAUUGUUUAUGUGACUUUGUAUGUUAGAAAACUGAGUAGUCAUUAUUAAAUACAUUUUAAUAGCUAGUGGUGUGCCUCGUAAAUCAGGAAUACAAAAAUAAUAAGACAGUACCUGAUGACUCAAUCAUAAAGUCAGUUCAGGUGUGCUGGGCCUACAAGUUCCCAUCUCAGGUUGUCAGCUGAGAACAGAGGGCUUUGCUUUCAGUGCUCAGUUUUCAUCAAUACAGAGAAGCUGGUAAAUUGGUUUUCACACUUUGCAGCAAAGUGUGACCCUGUGUUAUUUUUUUAUCUCAAAAGUGUCAUUUCCUGUGUUCUGUAUGGUAGUUUGGCCUGGUGGGGUGCAGAUUUUACUCAGUUUAGAUGUGUGAUCUGCUUUUGCUGUAUCCAUAGAAAGGGUUUGCUCUAAUCUGAAUUAUGAACAUGCU